AUGCAAGCCAUCAUGCAGUUCCGGAUCGCCUGCAUGUAUAGUCAUCGCCGGAAAAUCAUAUUUUUGAUGGUCAUCGCAUUCACCAUCGAGGUGAUCUCAAUGACAGCCAUCAAUUUAGCAUAUCUCGGCGUUGUUGUUGAAAUUUCCGACAGCCAAUUCCUUUGCAUGGGACAGCAUUUUCCAAACUUGUAUCCCGUCUACUUCUGGAUAGUUAUGUUCUCCUUUGAGCUGAUAAUUUUUCUCCUGGGACUCCAAGCUGGCCUGAUUUACUUCAAGGAAUCACGGUCAUUCUCACUGAGGAGACCACUGCGGUCUAUUUUGAUUUGUGAUAGUAUUGUAUUUCCUCUCAUUGCUUUCGCCAUAGGGGGGUUAAACAUAUUCACUUGGACAAGACUUCCGUAUUACUAUAUCACGAUAACAGUCACGUUGGCUCAGUUAUCAUCAAGAAUCUUAGGUUGUCGCCUACUUCUCAAUCUCCGAGAAGCGUAUUAUCUUCCGUUUGAGACGGAGUGUGCUCAUUCAUAUAGCCAAAAUUUGCAAUUUGCAUAG